GUCAGCUUGCUUUAGUUGGCUGAUUUUAAUAAUGAUGGAAAGUUGGAUUCUGAUUGUUCUGGUCGUAAUGCCAGGUGUCUGGAGUCAAAACUGGAAGGUGACCUUCAAAAAUCAAUGUGCUAUAAAAGGGACAUCAGUUGUUAUAAAGUGCAAGUACAGCUACCCUUCCCAUCAUGUUGUUGAUUCAGUUCACUGGUAUAAAGCCCUGCCUGUAUCUGGCACGUGGAUGCUGUUCCGUCUAUCCAGAAACUUUAGAUAUGUAGGUGACUACAUUAGUGACUGUAGUCUGGAGAUCAAAAAUGUGCAACACACUGAUGAAGGACGGUACUAUUUUCGUUUUGAGACAUCAUACAACGGAUGGCAAAGCAGAUCAUAUGCUCAAUUGUCUGUUAAAGAGUUGACCACCGUUGUGGAGCCGAGCACUGUGACAGAAGGAAAUAAUGUCAGCCUGACCUGUGUGUCAGAUUGUCCCACACAGACAUUCAUUGUCUGGUUCAGAGAUGGACAGCCAGUAACAAAUCCAGCCUUCCUGGCCAGGAGAGAGGAUGCUGGGCGGUACUACUGCGCUGUCCGAGGACAGGAGAAGGUCACAUCUGCCCCUGUGGCUCUGAAUGUUCAAUAUGCUCCCAAUAAUGUAAGAUUGUCAGUGAGUCCAUUGGGAGACGUCAUCGAAGGAAGCUCAGUGACUUUCAGCUGCAGCAGUGAUGCCAACCCACCUGUGACACAGAGUGGAUACAGCCUGUACAAAGACGGACAGUUAGUCAGUUCAGGACAGACUCACGCCAUCGCUGUCAUCCAGCCCAGCCACAGUGGACGCUACUACUGUCAGGCCUGGAAUAAUAUCAGCUGGAGGGGCGUUGAAUUUAUUAAAUCUACCGAGAUUAACCUUGAAGUCCAGUAUCGUCCAAUGAACGUGACAGUUUCAGUGGAUUCACCAAAUGUUGUGGAGGGCAGCAGUGUGAAUCUGGUGUGCAGCAGUCCAGCUAACCCAGCAGCAGACAACUACACCUGGUACCAGAGGACAGAUUCUUCCAGCUCCCAGCUGCUCCAUGUGGGCUCAGGACAGGUGCUGUCUCUUCCCUCUGUGGAGGCAUCCCACACCGGACUCUACCUCUGCAAGGCCAGGAACGGCCUGGGAGAAACCAACUCAACCGAGGUUCUGCUGACAGUGGAAAAGAAGAAAGGUAGCCUGUUGUUCCAAAUCCUGUCUGGCACUGGAGUCGCUCUUUUUAUAGCAUUUGUGAUCAUUCUUCUUUUGUUCUGGGUGAAACGAAAGACCCAUGCAAAGAAAAAAGCUGUGUUUGACGUCAGGAGUAGUGGAAAAGGCUCCAACUCUUCAUCCACUGAAGAUCAAUCUAACAGCAUUUACACGUUCCCGUCAUCUCCUCCACCUGGUCCAGCUGCUCAGGACUUCACUCCUCCUUCACACAGGAACCCAAACCAUGAGCAUGAUGCCAACACUUCUUGUGAAGACGAGGUCACCUACUCAACAGUGACCAUCAAGCCCAGAAACCCAAGUCUUCCACGUCACAUGAACAGCAACGCCCCACAGCAGUCCUGGUCCACAGCAGGAGAGAACGACGACUCUGUGAUCUACGCUACCAUAGCUAAAUCCAGCUGAGUCUGAUUGAAACCUUUCACUCCUUUGAG